AUGCAUGUCGGGAGCCUACCUGACCAAGGCGGAACACCACACUUCACGGGCCUACCGCCCAACAAGGCCGACAGAGGAACCUGGCUCGACGCCAUCUGGCUCUGGCUGGAAAAGCCUGAGGUUGGACCCGCCGUUGUUUAUCAACAACAACGCCAUCAGCUGACUACAGAUCCAGGUGCACUUCUAGACUGGAUCCGCCAACGUUUUCACAACGAGGCGGGCGAGAGCAGCCUCAACAUGCCCCGCGUCACCGCCGGGACCGUGGGGGUGAUGGCGGGCCCCGGUUCAAGGAGAGGUCAUGGAGAGGUCAUGGAGAGGUCGUUGGGGGAACUACAUCGAACUGGACUACGACAUAUGCCUGAUCUCAUGAUGGUUAUGGACGACGGCAAGCAUCGUGCUCUCCAGCGCCGGGCUCGUUGGACAAUUGUAGCACCGCACAGAAUUAGAGUGCACCGACGGGUCAGGUCUAGCGACGGCACUUGGCUAUGA